UCUCCAAGCCCCCCACCUCCUCAACUCUAUCUUGAGGGUUUUUCCCUCUCAUCUCUCCCUGCACUGCGCAGGGAUUGAUCAGGAGCCCUUCAUUUUCUCUGUUCUUCCCACCUGAUCGAGACAUGGAAGAAGACGAAACAACCCUUACCUGCAUCCCCUUGGAGAAAAAGAAGGCUCCUGUUCCUCCAAACCGCUUGCCUUUGCCCAAGAAGAAACGCAGCGCAUUCCAUGCCCUCAAAUCCGCACUUUAUUCCCUGCUUAAGAAACCAAGCAAGUCCAAAUCCAUAUCCAUGGAUAUCGACGACGUCGACUCCAAGGGCUCCUGGAGGACUUUCCUCGGGUCAAUGCGUCUCAUGCACCUACCGAACAACGUCGUACAUUCCCCACCACCAGCUCUCCAUGACAAACAUCACAGGCGUAUCCUUUCUUCGCCUGAGCAGGCUUUUGUUUCUGAGGAAUUAUUCACGCCAUCUUUCUCGCCGAUGCAAGAUACUGCGUCCUCUUCCAGCUACUCCACGUUUGGCCGCAUGAGCUGGUACACCUCAGAACCGAAUCUUCAAGAUCUUGUGGAGUGCUCAGGUGAGGAAAGGGAUCGGUGUUAUGAUGACGAAGGCGAUGAGAUGAUUGAUGCCAAGGCAGAGGAGUUCAUAAAUCAGUUUUAUCAGCAAAUUAGGCGUCAAAAUCUCGAUGACAUCAACCGUUGCAUUGCUGAUGAAGAAUAACGAAUGAACAAAUAUGUUAAAAUGCAUGCACGCAUGCAUGAAGAUGAACAUUUGGUUAAUUAUAUAGGGGGGCUUUCAUCAUUUUUCUUGUUUUUUUCUGUGAUUAAUUUCGUAUUUUUAAUUUGGUUUGUCUUCCAAGAAUAAAAGAAAAUUUUCUAU